AUGCAUCAUCCUCUAUUGGUUUUAAUAAUAAUAUUAUUUAUUGAAAUAAUUAAUUGCCAAGUAGCAUUUAAAUCUUUAUGCUCAUCUGAAGAAGUUGAAGUAGCUGGAAUGGCGUCAGUGGAUGGUAGCAAUGAAUUUGAAAUAGAUCUUUAUCAAUCAAAAUUUUUACCUGAAGAUACAGUUUCAUUGUCAAUAAAGCAAAAACGUCGAAAUUAUGCAAUUAAUGAAUUUGUUUUACGUGCAUUUGAUUACGAUGGAAAUGUUAUUGGUCGAUUUGAUAAUACACAAACGGGCGAUUUAACUUUAAAUCAUCAUACAUGUUCAAAUGGUGCCAAUGUUGUUUACGCCGACCAAGUAGGAAGUCGUGGCUAUAGUGAAGUUCCACUAGAAUGGAAAGCUACUGGUAUUCAUCACAAUCUCGAUCAAGUUGUUUUUAGAGCAACUGUUGUUUCCAAUCGACAAUUGUAUCGACUGAUUUCAGCUCCUUUAAAACGACGUCUAUCAUCGGAAAUAAUACCUUAUCACGAUCAAUCGAUCAAUAUUGAUUAUUGUGGUGAAUCUCAAGGUUGUUUGAUUGUUCCACAACAAUGUAAUAAUGAUGCUAAAUGUGAUUAUGCACUUUCGUGGCAAGCUAUCGAUGCGGAAACAGCUAAAUUUCAUAUUGUGGCCAGAGCACAAGGCUUUGUUGGUGUCGGUUUUUCAAAUGAUGAAAAACGGGGUGAUGAUCAAGUUAUUCUAUGUACAAAAGAUGCUGAAGGAUAUGUCUAUGUACACAAUAUGUUCGUCGGUGUUCAAACUCCACAAUAUGUCUUCCGCGGACGACCAUCUUAUGGUUUACGAGAAGCCGAUAGUUAUUCGAACGCAACACAUAUUAUUUGUAAAUUUUCACGAUCGUUAUCGCCGCAUACAGAAAAUUUAGGAGAAAACGAUGGACGAAGCCGUGAUAGAAUUGAUCGAGAGAAAUUUGUUGAUUUAAAAAAACCUCAUUUCAUGUAUCCAAUUUAUUCUGAUGAAGGCUUAAUGACAGCACAAGGAAUGCGUAUACCUCUUCAAGAUAUUGCAAUUGUUAAUAAUCAUCCAGUUGAUUUCGAACGUCGCAUUUGGCCCAAAACACAUCCACAAGCAGCAUCUGUUCUAGCUAAAAUUCAUGCUAUUUUAAAUAUAAUUGCUUGGGUUCUUCUUGCAUCAGCCGGUGUUAUGGUUGGCCGUUAUUUUGAUUCACUUUGGCCAGAUUAUGAACGACUGACUGUUGUGGAUUCUGCUACUGGUGCUGUCACAGGAGAAAAGUAUCAACAACGUCGACGAUUUUCAUAUUUUACAAUUGUACCACCGCUUAUGAUUGUUGUAGCGAUUUUAACAUGGAUUGCAUUCUUUUGUAUUCUUUUUGAACUCGAUUGGAAGUGGACCUAUGGAACACAUCAUAUGUGGCAUUCAAUUCUUGGUGUUGUUGUACUUAUUUGUGCGUUUUUUGCUCCCAUUGUUGGUGUUAUGCGACCAAUACCUCGUACAAAAUCUUAUUGCGUUUGGUACUGGAUUCAUUGGGUGAUUAUGUCGUUAGCUCAUUGUCUUGCCAUUCCGGUUAUAUUUCUGGGUAUGGAUAAUCGUCGUUUAGAUUUAUGGACAUGGUGUUCAUGGUUACUAUUUGCUUGGUGUAUAUUUCAUUUUAUUGUUCAACUUAUUUUUGAAAUUCACGCUUGUUGUCAUGCACGACAAGAAUAUGAUCGCUUGCAAGGAGUAGAACAUUAUUCGGAGAAAAAUGUAGAACUUCGAAUAAGAAAAGAACGUAUACCUGGUGAAUCAUGGAAACCAGCGCUUUUAGGUAUUUAUUUAUGUAUCACAUUAGUUGUGGUGAUUAUUCUUAUACUUGCUGUUAUCUUCUAUCAAGGUUAUUAG